AUGUUUAUACUAGACUUAAUACUUGCAGGAAAUUCCCUUUGGAUAAUGGGGGUAGGAUAUUUCCCAUUUUAUUUAUCAGCAUGGGGGGUAGGUGUCAGUAUUGGUACACAUCUAUUGCUUAUGGUAGCUCAUUUCAAACCAGAUUAUGAUCCGGUCUUUGAUAAGAUGGCCAAGGCUGCCUUUGAAAUAUGCUUCGCAUUAGAAGGAUUUAUUGCCUUUUAUUACUGGUCGUUCUUAUUUCCUUAUAUGAAAUUUGAUUGGAAACUUUUCUCAUCUUACUAAGCUACUAUUUUCAUGCACGGCGUUCCAAUAGUUAUGAUUAUCAUAGAGGCAAUUUAUAAUUCAAUAGUAUUUAACUACAAAACAGGCUGGUAGAGGAUUCUAUGGACGAUGGGAAGCUAUUUAUAUCUGCAAUAUGCUGCUAAAGAAUUCCAAGGAUUUAGCCCUUACUUUGAUGCAGACCCCUCUUCUCCUGUUUAUUGGCUAAUUGUUGCUCUAAACCUAGUAUUCUCAUAAACCAUAUAUUUUAUUGAGGCUUUUGUCCAAAAUUAUAUUAAAACUGGUUCAGGCUUAUCAAGAAAUGAUGCUAGAGUGUCAGUAAUGAGUUCUCAAUUUAAAGAUUUACUCAAUUUUUUGCAAUGA